UGGGCGGUACCAACAUGGCGGCUCUCUGAGUUUGCGAAGAGAAAUUGAGGUGUAAAUAAACUCUUCGUGCACGACUUGCACAACUUAUCAACCCCAUUGUCUAAAUUAAUAUAUGAGCGAGUGCUCCGAAGCCAAACGAUGUCAAGUGACGGCAACAAAAAGCAGUUCUGGAAGAGAAACACAGCCAAGGUUCCUGGGAAUAUCCAACAUGUUUACGGAGCCCAACAUCCCCCAUUUGAUCCUCUGCUACAUGCCAAUUUGAUGAAAGCAGGAAACAAGCCUCCAUCUGCGUCUACGCCAGGAAAACCAAAGAAAGCCACCACCUUUCAAGAGUUUGAAAGCAUAACCAGUGACGCCUGGGACGUGGGAGAUGAUGACGAUGAACUUCUCGCAAUGGCAGCCCAAAAUCUCAACAUCGAGGUCGUCAUGGAGACGGCCAAUAAAGUGAUCGAAAACCAUAGCAAGCUUCAGGAAAGACGACAGCAGCAGAUGGAGAAGACGAAUGAGCCUGAUGAAAAGUAUGGAGAGGAGGUGCACGAGGAAGAGGAGGAGGAGCUGGAGGAAGAGGAGGAGCGAGAAGAGGGGGCGGAGACAGCAGACGUGUCGUUCAGUUCAGAUGCUUAUCCACUCGGCGAUAGCAGACUGGUGAAGUCACACAGUGAAGCUCCUAUUGGUUCACCUAAAGAAGUAGGUGUUGAACAGGCAGCACUACACAGACAGCAGUCACUCCCACACAGACCUGUGAUUCCACUGGUGGCCCGAAUGGCAGAUCAGAACACAUCUGGGACUCCAGCCAUGACAGAGCGAGAAGCAUCAAGACUUGACAAAUUCAGACAGGUCCUGGCUGGGCCUAAUACUGAUCUAGAGGAGCUUCGGAAGUUGAGCUGGUCUGGAAUUCCGCGGCAGGUGCGCCCGAUCACAUGGAAACUACUCUCAGGGUACCUGCCCGCUAAUGCGGAGCGGAGGGAAAGCACGCUACAGAGGAAACGGAAGGAAUACUUUGGCUUCAUUGAGCAGUACUACGACUCUCGGAAUGACGAGCACCAUCAGGACACAUAUAGACAGAUUCACAUAGAUAUUCCCCGGAUGAGUCCGGAAAGUUUAGUUCUGCAGCCCAAGGUAACCGAGAUUCACAUUGACAUACCGAGAACUAAUCCUCUUAUACCUCUCUUUCAACAAGCUUCUGUGCAAGAGAUCUUCGAGCGGAUUCUUUUCAUCUGGGCAAUACGGCAUCCAGCUAGCGGCUACGUUCAGGGCAUCAAUGACCUUGUGACACCCUUCUUCGUUGUUUAUGUAUUCGAAUAUAUCGAGGAAGAGGUGGAAAAUUUCAAUGUUUCCAGCUUGCAGGAAGAGGUGUUGCGGAACAUCGAGGCUGACAGCUUCUGGUGCAUGAGCAAGCUCCUGGAUGGGAUUCAGGACAACUACACCUUCGCCCAGCCUGGGAUCCAGAGAAAAGUAAAGGCACUGGAGGAGCUGGUCAGCCGGAUUGAUGAAACUGUGCAUCGCCACAUGCAGCUGUAUGAGGUGGAGUAUUUGCAGUUCGCUUUCCGCUGGAUGAACAAUCUUCUUAUGAGAGAACUUCCUCUGCGCUGCACCAUUCGUUUGUGGGACACUUAUCAGGCGGAACCUGAAGGUUUCUCUCACUUCCACUUGUAUGUAUGUGCUGCCUUCUUGGUGCGAUGGAGGAAAGAGAUACUAGAGGAGAAAGAUUUCCAGGGUCUGAUGAUUCUGCUCCAGAACUUACCUACGAUGCACUGGGGAAAUGAGGAAGUUAGCGUUCUCCUGGCUGAAGCAUACCGGCUGAAGUUUGCCUUUGCUGAUGCCCCUAACCAUUACAAAAGAUGAGGCCUGGUCCAGCACAACUAUUAAAUAUGACGACCCCUACUGACCUCUAAGGUGUGAUACUGAACAGACACCGUGAAAGUUAUUUUUGUUUGUUUUUUAGGGGAGAGGGUAUGUGUACAGUGGUCUGCAACUGAUCCUGGAUUUUUUCCGCAUUUCUAUUAAUAUCAGCACUCCAAAUGCCAUGGUCAACCUGCGCUCUCGAAGGACACUAAUCUUCGUUUUUUCAUUUGGAAUUUAAUCACAAUAGAUUGUUUUUUUUUCUCCCCUCUCUAUGCACUGAAUCUGCGGAAACGUUCAUUUAGACGGCAAGAUUCCACUAUACUAGGAUGAGACAACAGAACGGAUGCUUGGCCAAUUAAUUCAAGGCAAUAAUCAGACAUUACUGGGAAAGCAUGGUUUAUAAGCAUUCGCGUUAAGGCUGUUUGGCUUGAACGGCGCCUACGAACAUUUAUUGUAACUUUGGUCUACCUCAGGAAGCGGCCAGGAUUCGUAGGGUUUCUAUAUUAGAACAUUGCCCAAUGAGGCUUUGAGAUGGAGUCAGUAAAAUUUGCCUUAUUUUUGGUCUGCUUGUGUUUUUGUGAGGCACAGGUUCAGUCAAUGAAGGCAGCUGGAGACGCUAACCGGAGAACUGCUUCAAUUUUUUGCCGUCUGUGUUACUCUCAUUUUGACAUCCCAUUUUGAUAUUGAUAUAACAAUCCAUACUGACUGUAUAAUUCUGUCAUUAAUAGACGUGUUUGGGGAAAUCAGCUUCUGACUUUUGACAUUUUGUCAGUAUUUGAAUUGUGCACUGCUUCAAUCAUGUCAUCAGGCUUUUAAAUUUGUGUGCCAGUUCUUACAACUAAAUAUAAGUGAAACUGCACUUGAUAAGUCUAUUUUCCUUCUUUUUCUACAAGAUAUAUUCUAUAAAUCAGCUUUUUUAAAUUCAUUUGUCUUUUUUUAUAUACUGUUUACAUGAACCUGUUAAGUUGUGCCUAACUUUAGAGAUUAAUGACAUCACAGAUAUUUAUUUUAAACUCAUGAUCAUUUAGGAUGGGGCAAAGCAAAAUAUUUGCCUUUACAACAUUCACUUCAGCGUAAACAGUGAAUUCAGCAACUCUACCACUCUCCUUCGGCUAUUUGAUUGGCCACAGAAUUGAAAGAAUUUACUGUAACUGACAUUCAGUGCCUGGAUAACAGAGUUUCAGUAUGAGAUAUGUGGGCUGCUGGGAGGUUUUCUGGAUAUAAAGCUUCUUGACUUCAAUCUUCAGAAUCGUCAGAAUGGAUUUUUAAAGAGGUGUGAAUGAGAUGUUUUGAAUUAAAUAGCUGUGUACAGAGUUGUCAUGUUUUCAAAGAUAUGUAAAUAGAAAAAAAUGUGUAAAUAAAUACUAAAUAUAUAUGAUUUGAA